AUGAGUACUGACAUGUGGAAGUAUUUUGAAAAGAAGAGUAAGAAUGAAGCGAAGUGCACCCUGUGCUUAGAAGUGUUAAAAACGUGUGGUAAUACUACGAAUUUAUCGAAACAUCUUAAAAGUCGCCAUCCAAAUGUUUUGCAAAUCGCUAGUAGUUCUUCUAGUACAUCAACAUCAGUAACAGCUUUUUGCAGAAAUGAAAUACCAGCGAAAAGACAAAAGCGUUCGGAGGAAACUUUGAACCCGAUUAUGCGAGCAUUUGAAGCGCGGGCUUCUAUUCAACCCGGAGGCGAUAGACAUAAUAUGAUAACCAAUGCGGUUUUAUAUUAUAUUUGUGUGGACCAUAAACCCAUUAAUGCAGUAAAAAGAAGAGAUUUCAUUAAUCUUUUGAAAACAAUUGAGAGUAGCUACCAUUUACCAUCAGAUACUCAUUUCAAAAACCUCUUGAGUACGAAAUAUAAUUCAAUGAAAUAUUUAUUGAAGUCGGAACUUCAAUUAAAAGAUUUUUAUAGUUUAACGUGCGAUAUAUGGGCCGACGCAUUAAACAUGGUAAGCUAUUUAGGUAUUACAAUCCAUUAUUUGAGCGGAGAAAAAUUGAAAUCAGCAAACCUAGAAACUAUCAGCUUGCCAGAAAGACAUACGGGGGAUUAUAUAAAGGAAAAACUAACAUCGGUAAUCGGGGAUUGGGAGUUAAAUGUUAGUAAGAUUACCGCAAUUGUUACAGAUAAUGGUAGUAACAUGGUCUGUGGAAUCCGAAAUUUUUUUAUUGCAUAUAAUUCAUCUGAUAAACAUCAGUCGUGUUUUGCUCAUGCUAUAAAUCUUAUCGUCGAUAAAGCAAUUUCGGAUGUUAUGGCUACUGACAAGCUGAGAGAAGCGCAAAUAGAAAGUGCAGGGGAACCACUCAAAUUAAUAUUAGAUGUUAAAACAAGGUGGAACUCCUGCUAUUAUAUGUUGGAGAGAUUUGUGAAAUUGGCUCCAUAUGUCGCACAAGUAACCAUAAGUGAUUCCAAUGCGCCGGACAUAUUGUCAGCUGCUGAUAUCAAAAUAAUUCGCGAGCUAUCAAAUAUACUGCAGCCGCUAGAAUAUAUUACUCGAGAAUUGUCUGGAGAGCAGUAUGUCACCAUACCAAAAGUAAUACCGUUAGUUAAUUGUUUACUUGCACAACUCCGGUCAAUCAAACCAAAAACACCCUUGUGCAUCAAACUGAAACAAAUUUUAAUCGACACCGCGAACAGAAGGUUUUCGAAUGUCGAAGAUAACUCGGAUAUAGCUGUAGCAACAUUGCUCGAUCCGAGGUUUAAAAAUCUUUAUUUUAGAAAUGAAAAUGCUUGCGCAACUGCAAUUGAAACAUUGCGAAGUGAAAUUUGUUUGCAUACUUCAAUAUCAAGUGCAGUUUUAGAAACCGCCCCAAAUAGUUUUGAUUUUUGGCAUCUACAUAAGCAGAUAGUGUCCGAAAGAAAGAAAAGAAACAAUACACAAGAUGAAGUAGAUUUAUAUUUAAAACAACAUGUGACUCCUCUAACUAGUAACCCUCUUACAUCAUGGGAGGACAUGAAAGAAAGUUUUCCCAAUUUAUAUUUGAAAUUUAGAGAAUAUGCCACAAUAAUGGCUACAUCAGUACCAGCUGAAAGAUUGUUUUCGGAAGCUGGUACUGAAAUUAUUGAAAAGCGUAAUAGGCAAGAACCUGAUUAUUUAAAUAAGCUUCUGUUUUUAGCAGGACGAUCUGAAGAAGACUGGUUUAAUUAA